CCCAAAAGGGUUCCACUUGGAAGCGAAAAGGGUACUCCAAUUUUUUUCCAAGAGUGUACAGACUACUGCACAAAUUCAAUUCAGGAAGGAUAAUCAAGAAGGUCCUGUGAGAAAAUAUGUAGACAGGAAUGUCCCGACCCGCAGGUGUUCGAUUUUUGAGCCCAUCAAUUCCACCCAUACCCGUAAACGGUUUUAGAUUCCCAGCAAAAAAUUACCCAAGUGUUAUAUGCUAACUCAGCAUUCUCAUUGGAUCAAAGAGAGGGAAGUCAAUGACUAUGCAAGACCACCACAGGAAGGAAAAACUGAAAACAUUACUGUCAUUAUAGUCUCAAAAGCCCUGGGCUUUAAUCUAUUUCACUACAUAAACGUGUUUUGUAGCGUCAAUGAGAGUAAUAUCUGCUAAUUUCGUUCUUUAUAGCCUACAAAAUGAUAAGGUCAGGAAUGGUCCAUGUCAGUGACUGGUUGACAUAGCAUCUACAUCUUGAAUCAUACCAGUGCUUAAGGUAAAUCAUGUUCAACAUGUUACUGAUAGUGCUGGACAAAUGAAGACCAACAACCAGGCCCUCAGACGAAACGGUUCCUGGUGUUGCAACAUUUGAAGUGACCUGCUCACAUCCUGCUCAGCCCGCUAGCAGUUGAACAUGGUCGCCUCAGCGCAGGGUCACAGAUAGAAGCAGUGGAGCAGAGGAGUAGUCGUUUCUUCCAAGGUCUCCAUUGAGAGAGUCAUAGCAAAGCUUCUUUCGGGCAUUUCCAGUGCAGCCAAGAACCAGGAGACAAAAUGGCCGACAAUGUAAAUGCCUUGCCCUUCUUCUACGGCAACAUCACCCGGGAGGACGCGGAGGACUACCUGCGACAGGGUGGUAUGAGCGACGGCAUGUACCUGCUACGGCAGAGCCGGAGCUACUUAGGGGGCUACGCCCUGUCAGUGGCCUACAGACGGGAGUGUUACCACUAUACCAUAGAGAGGGAGCUCAACGAGACGUACGCCAUCGUUGGGGGGAAAAGCCACCGAACCCCCGUGGAUGUGAUUGACUACCACUCCCAGAAGGGCGAAGGGCUGGUGUGUCUGCUGAAGAUGCCCUACAACAGGCCCAAGGGCAUGCAGCCCAAGGUGGGGCCUUUUGAGGAUCUCAAGGAGAAGCUGAUCAGAGAGUAUGUGAAAAAGACCUGGAACCUGCAGGGUGCGGCCCUGGAGCAGGCCAUCAUCAGCCAGAGACCUCAGCUGGAGAAGCUGGUCGCCACCACCGCCCAUGAGAAGAUGCCCUGGUUCCAUCACACCAUCACACGUGAGGACUCUGAAUCACGGCUCCAGAUGGGCUCUCGCACCAAUGGCAAAUUUCUGAUCAGACAGCGGGACCUGAAUGGUUCCUACGCCCUGUGUCUCCUACAUGGGUCACAAGUCAUGCAUUAUCGCAUCGAUAAGGACAAGGCUGGCAAGCUCUCCAUUCCUGAUGGGAAGAAGUUUGACACACUGUGGCAGCUGGUGGAGCAUUACUCCUACAAGCCAGACGGGCUGCUCCGCGUACUGACUGACGCCUGUCCACGACCUGAGGGCGAACACUUUGGUGGUAUUGGACGAGCAGGCUAUAAUAAUCUAUUGGAAGCGGCAGGUGGAAUGCUCACCAGAAUCAAAUCCUACUCCAUACCCAUUCCUGGUCGAAAAAAGGACAGGGGUGCCUCUCACAGCAAAACCACAGAUAACCUCAACCCUUAUGACACCAGGGCUCCAAAUAAUAUGGUCAGCAAAGAGUCCAUGCCAAUGGACACAGAGGUGUACGAGAGUCCUUACGCUGACCCAGACGAGCUGAGGACCUCCACUGUGGACCGCAAACAGCUCUUCCUGGAAGAUGGAGAGUUGGGCUCUGGGAACUUUGGGACUGUCAUAAAGGGCAUCUACAAAAUGAGGAAGACAGAGAAGCCGGUGGCAGUGAAGAUCCUGAAGAAUGACGACAACAACCCAGCAGUGAAGGAGGAGAUGCUGCGGGAAGCCAACGUCAUGCAGCAGCUGGACAAUCCCUACAUCGUCCGCAUGAUCGGCAUCUGCGAGGCCGAGAGCCUCAUGCUGGUCAUGGAGCUGGCCGAACUGGGGCCGCUCCACAAGUACCUCCAGAGGCACAAACAGAUCUCCAUUAAGAACAUCACAGAGCUGGUGCACCAGGUUUCUAUGGGCAUGAAGUACCUGGAGGAACACAACUUUGUGCACAGGGACCUUGCGGCCAGGAACGUGCUGCUGGUCACCCAGCACUAUGCCAAGAUCAGCGACUUUGGUCUGUCCAAGGCUCUCACAGAGGAGGAGAACUACUAUAAGGCAAAAGGCCAUGGGAAGUGGCCAGUGAAAUGGUACGCCCCAGAGUGUAUGAACUAUUUCAAGUUCUCCUGUAAGAGUGACGUGUGGAGCUUUGGGGUCCUGAUGUGGGAGGCGUACACGCUAGGGAUGAAACCAUACAAGGUACAGUACGUCACCAUACAAGGUACAGUACGUCACCAUACAAGGUACAGUACGUCACCAUACAAGGUACAGUACGUCACCAUACAAGGUACAGUACGUCACCAUACAAGGUACAUUACGUUACCGUACAAGGUACAUUACGUUACCGUACAAGGUACAUUACAUCACCAUACAAGAUGCAUUACGUCACCGUACAAGGUACAUUACGUCACCGUACAAGGUACAUUACGUCACCGUACAAGGUACAUUACCUAGUACAUUGGUUGUUACUUUGUUAUUUAAAUCAUUUUCAUAAAGGUUUAUUUUAUAAUCAUGCUUCGACAAUUGUAUAACCCCAGAUUAGUAGAGGCAGACAUGCUAGUAGACCUACUGUCAUCUAACCCCAGAUUAGUAGAGGCAGGCAUGCUAGUAGACCUACUGUCAUCUAACCCCAGAUUAGUAGAGGCAGGCAUGCUAGUAGACCUACUGUCAUCUAACCUCAGAUCAGUAGAGGCAGGCAGCUAGUAGACCUACUGUCAUCUAACCCCAGAUUAGUAGAGGCAGGCAGCUAGUAGACCUACUGUCAUCUAACCCCAGAUUAGUAGAGGCAGGCAGCUAGUAGACCUACUGCGUUGGAACAAAAGCCUGUCCCCCUGUGAGUCUCCAGGACUAGGAUGAAAUAAUUCAGUUUUUAUACUGACUGUACAAAACAUCAAGGACACCUGCUCUUUCCAUGACAUAGACUGACCAGGUGAAAGCUAUGAUCCCUCAUUUAUUUCACUUUUUAAAUCCACUUCAAUCCGUGUAGAUGAAGGGGAGGAGACAGGUUAAAGAAGUAUUGUUAAGCCUUGAGACAUGGAUUGUGUAUGUGUGCCAGUCAGAGGGUGAAUGGGCACGUGCCUUUGAACGGUAUGGUAAUGGUGACGCACCGGUUUGUAUCAAGAAUUGCAACACUGCUGGGUUUUUCAAGCUCAACAGUUUCCUGUGUGUAUCAAGAAUGGUCAUCCACCCAAAGGACAUCCAGCUAACUUGACACAACAGUGGGAAGGUUUGGAGUCAACAUGGGCCAGUAUCCCUUUGGAAAGCUUUCAACGCCUUGUAGAGUCCAUGCCCCGACAUAUUGAGCGUGCGUACAACUCAAUAUUAGGAAGGUGUUCUUAAUGUUUUGUACAAUCAGUGUAUACAGGGAGAACAACACAUCCUUUGGCCUUUAUUUGACAUAAUGACACAUUAAGUGAUGGCUUAUUCUAAUAGUCUGAGUCCCCUGUUGUGUAGUAGCAGUCAGUCUAAGCACUUUUGCAACACGUCUGUCUGUGUCCCAAAAUGGCACCCUAUUCACUACGUAGUGCACUACUUUUAAAAGGGUGAAUAGGGUGCCAUUUAAACUAGAGCCCUGGUCAAAAGUAGUGCACUACUUUUAAACUAGAGCCCUGGUUAAAAGUAGUACACUACGUAGGGAAUAGGGUGUCAUUUGGGACUGCCUCUGUCUGGUAUGCCAUCAGUGUGUGAGUGGUGUCAUCAUGUCACCCUCUGUUCCCCCCAGGGCAUGAAAGGAAAUGAGGUGAUCCAGAUGAUCGAGAAUGGUCAGCGCAUGGACAUCCCCCCCAACUGUCCCCCGGAGAUGUAUGACC